UCCCCUUCUCAUUGAGCACCCUGUGCCACGGUCACAAAACUUUGGAAAAAAUAAUAUAAUCAAUUAAUCGCAGUACUAUCUGCUGGACUGAAGUCGCCAGGGGUACACCCCCCGAAGACCCUAGAAAUACACAUCGCAAACUCAUGCCCAUUCACACAGCCUGAGCCAUUUGUAUAGGUGAGGAAAAUCGUCGCACCUUAUAUAAAUUCAAAUCGACCGGCGCCUCAGCGGAUAGUUCCUAUUAGAUGGUCACCGAGGUUGGACUCAACUGUGGAAUUGCCAAGACUUCUCGUUGGGAAAUACUUUCACAAGCCGGAAAACUUGCGGAUAAUUAAAGCAACCCUCGUAACAAGGUACUUAGGAAACUAAAGAUACUUAUUACGAAAUACCUCUAACCGAACCAAAGAAAAACGUAUUAAGAUCUAACAAAAUGAAAAAGUUCUCGAGCGGCUUGCUGAUCUUCAUCGGAGCUAUGUUGGCCGCUUCAGAGGCUGUCAUCUCAUCACCCAUCAUAGGGGUUCUGACACAGGAAGUUUACGUCGAUGGCUUGAUCUCGAGACACUUUGAUAACAAGACCAGCUAUAUAGCCGCCUCGUAUGUGAAGUAUCUCGAAGGAGCUGGAGCCCGAGUGGUGCCAAUUUGGAUCGGUCGCAAUCGCAGCUACUACGACGAUCUCAUGCGCAAGAUAAAUGGAGUCUUGUUGCCCGGUGGAGCCACUUGGUUUAAUCAGAGCAAUGGGUAUGCGGAUGCGGGCGAACACCUCAUCCACUUGGCCAUUGAACUAAACGAUCAGGGCGUCUUUAUGCCGGUGUGGGGCACUUGUCUGGGCAUGGAACUAUUGGUUUACAAGCUGGCCAACGAAACGGAACACCGCAUUAAUUGCGAAGCGACCGGUAUGGCCGUGCCAAUGGAUUUUAAAGAAGACUAUAAGAAGAGCCGCCUGUUUGCAUCCAUCAGCGAUGAUGUGGUGGACACCAUGGUCAAGGAGAAUGUGACCUAUCACUGGCAUCAGUACUGCUAUACGGAAAAAGACUUCGAGCGGGAUCUACUAAACGAAACUUGGCGUGUUAUGUCCCUUAAUCAUGACUGGAAUGGAGUUGAGUUCAUUUCCACCGUAGAGCACAUAAAGUACCCCUUCUAUGGAGUACAAUUCCAUCCGGAGAAGCCGCUGUACGAGUUUACAAAGACGAGCAUUCCCCAUACCGCAGCUGCCGUGUUAAGUGGUCAAUUCUUCGCCGAUUUCUUUGUGAGUGAGGCGAGGAAAAGUAAUCAGAGCUUUUCGAAUGCCACUGAGCAGGCCAGGACGCUCAUCUACAACUAUAAGCCGGAGUAUACUUCGAUCCUGGGCUCCUCGUACAUACAGCAAUACCUAUUUACCAAUGUUGAAAUGGAAAUACCCGAAAUUCCGGAGAUCCCUGAUGAGGGCGGUAAUAACGAUGGGGGUAGUAGCGGCGGCUAUAUUCCCAUUAUUAUACCAGGCGGUGACGGUUCUGCGACUAUGCCUUUCCUGAGUGGGUUGCUCCUGACUCUGGUUCUCUUAUCAAUUAAUUAAUUGGCUGCUUUGCUCACCAAAGUUGUGGCCAGGACUAUGAACUAUCCGUGGACUUUCAUAUUGUCAGUUCAUUUACGCACACGAUAUUUACGGGAUUAUUUCUUUCUUUAUCUUCAAGAUAUCUAUGUGAUUUCUGAUCAAAAUAGUUACUAUUAGCGUAAUAUCUGGAGAUAUUGUACUUGUUGUCAUGGGUGACUCAAUUGUUAAUUUAUUGGUUUUUGGAUGUAGUUGGCAUGAAGAGAUUAUACGCCAAGAGAUUACUUCAACUAUCAGAUACUAAUUACUCAGCACAUUUACUAAUUGCCCAUGGCUAAUUAAUUAAUAAAAUGUAGAUGGAUAAUGAUAAGAAAAACAAUAUUCUAUCUAUAAUUUAUAUCUCUUACUCGUAUGGUAAGAGGGUGUACUAGAUUCGUCGAUUCGAGCCUAUUAAGUACAUAUUAUAUGUUAAUAUAUAUUAUGUUGCUUUAUGUUAUCUUAUUGGUUGAAAUCAUAGUUUCAUCCUUACAUAUAAUAUUCUGCAAAUCUGACUUUUACAUGAAUGUGGCUUGAUUUAUGUGAAACCAACUAUAAAAAUACUUAUAAAUUAUUAUGUUAAGUUAUUUUAAGAAGCAUUUUAAAAACAAUAUCAUAUCAAUAACGCCGAUUCAAUUUCAACGGAAUUAAAACAUAGUCCAAUUUCAAAUAGGUAUUAAAAAAAUGCCUCCUCAUUGCAA